AUGCACACAUCAGGUUCAGGAAUAUCACUACUACUAUUACUACUAUUACUACUAACAUGUUUCAUUCAACCCACAUAUUCAACAUUUGUGGGCAACCAGCAUUGUAAUUUGAAUAUAACAAACUAUAAACUACGACCAUUUGUUAUCGAUGUUGCCCUAGAUAAUAAAGAUAAGAAACUAAAAUUUUUCAUGAAUUCACAAGUAGCAAAUUUUGCUCAAAAUUCAACGAAUGACGACCCAAGUAUAAUAAUUAAUGAUGUGAAUACAACUACCAAUAAAUAUACUACUUUGCAUGUUGAAAUUGGGUUUAUGGACAAGGUGAUUGUUAAAGAAAAUGUCCGAUUCUGUGAUAUGAUUGCUGUCAAAAAUACAACGGCUUUCCAAUCAAGCCCUCGUUUUAUUCAUGAUACUAGUAGUAGUAAUAGUAGUCAUAAUUUCACCACGAUUUCAAACAAGAACAAGAAUUAUCAUUCUUUUGAAACGUUGUCAUCUAAGCUAACAACAGCAAACAACCUAGAUGAUGGUUUAAUUUCCAAAUCACCGUUAUCGUUUCCAGGACAUAUUUUUAACAAUUCAUUAGCAGCAACUAAUACUACAAUUGAUAGAAUUUUUAGUAACUCGACUGGCCAAUUGGUUCAAUGCCCAUUAUAUUACAAUGAUUCGAUUGUUCUAUAUUAUGAAGUUGACGUGAAUGAUCAUUUUCAUAAAUUGGGGUCGUACAGCGUCCAAUUUAAUGUGAUUUCCAAUGAAGAGGAUUCUAAAAUAAUUGGUUGUAGUAAAGCUUAUGUGACCCCUGUACAACCGAGAGUAAUUAGUAAUGUUGUUGCAUAUGGUGUGUUGGUACUAUUAAUAGUGACACUAGUAUUGAACGUUGUUACAAUUGCCUAUUCAACAUACCAGGAAUCGUCGAACCCAUUUUUGUUCAAAGCAUCGGCCAUUUGUAACCAAGAACUAUUAAAACAAAUUGAUACGUCGUUACCGGGAAUUAUCACGUAUUUACAGUAUGCUCUUUUCAUGGGCGGUUUGGAUUUGGCAUACCCAGGAUUUUUCCAACCAAUAAUUGGUCAAAUCAAAUGGUGUGCAUUAGUUGGGUUUUCUCUUGUUUUCAAGAAUGCGAAUCAUUCACAUAAUCAUGUUGAUAACGUUUAUGCUACUUUAGAAAGUGGGGGGUUACCAAAUUUAACUAGAUAUAUUUCAAGUGACCUUAUAAUUAACAAUUGGGCGAAUUUUAUAGUGACAUUGAUUGUUGUAAUAGCCAUUCAUGUUGUCCUGAAUCAACUUUUUAUAAUGUCGAAAUUGUUAUUGGACAAAAUAGAAUUGGGAAAUUUCCGUUCUAAAAAGUUCUUCAUGAAGGGAGGUGAUUUUAAUGGAUUUUCAAUUUUUUCCAAGAAAAAUCUUUAUCUUAUUAUAGGACAAGUUUUGCAUUUGUUUUUAUUAGUAUUUGCCAUGCCGUUUUUAGUUUUAUCGUCUUUCCAAUUUUUAGCAGCCAGUGAUAUUUUGGGGAAACGCCGCUAUGGUACAAACUAUGAACAAUUGCGGAAAGAUGCAUAUUCCAUGAUUGUCCCAUAUAAUGAAUUGAGUAUUCCUUCUAGUAUCUUUGCCUUUGCCACUAAAAUGGGCGAUGGGAGCCAAUAUUCAUCUACAAAGUAUCCUCCAAUUUUCGAUUCCGGACAUUUGAGUGACGAGGCUGAGAGAUUUCGCCGAAGCUAUGAACUGCCCCAGUCAUCUCAAGAUAGAAUGUCUUUAUUUGCCAAUGGUAAUGCCACACUAUUCCAUAGUACAUAUCAUAAUGCUAAUUAUACUCAAAAAGUUGAUGCUAGCUUUAUGAGAAUAUCAGAACCCUGUUUAGUAUUUUCAGGAAUAUUGUUUGCCCUAUGGGUCAUCUUAUGUUUAUAUUUUGCAUUCCAUUAUUUGAUAUCGAUAAAACGAUAUUUCCGAGUCAAGCAAUCUUCGAAUAUUUCUCGAUUAUACACAUCAUUAAGAACAAUUUUAAUUUGGGGAUAUUUAUAUGUUGAAUAUAGACCAGAGCGAGUUGAAUACGUUCUUUAUGAAUUUUUCACAAUGUUUUUCAAACUGAUGGUGAUAGGAUUAUUACAACGCCACGGCAUUGCCCAAGUUGUAUGUUUGACAUUAAUUUCAAUAUUGGAUUUGAUAAUAUUAUUUAUAAUCCAUCCUCACUAUGUGAAAAUAUCGUGGUGGUCACUGAAAUUUAUGUUCCCCAUUGCCAGAUUUUUGACUGCCAUUUUAUGUAUUGCAUUUAUUCGUGAUUUAGAAAUCAAUGUAACGUCAAAGAUUUAUGUUGCUUACACACAAUUGUUGAUUCAUGCCAUUGUUGGGAUUUUGUUUUGUAUUCAGUUGAUCUAUUGGUUUACCAGAACAAUGAUUUCUAUUUUUCGUAAUUUGAAAAAUGAUCAUAUGAACAAUGGCGAUGUGAACCAACUGUUGGCUGUUUAUGAUAGUCUUGAUGAUUUUCAGCGGCAAUUUGAAUACAAACCGUUACAACCUUUACCAACAUAUCAAAUAUACUCAGCAGCAACAACAACACUUUUGUCACCCAUUGAUCAAAUGGAAGAUCCAUUUAUUUAUGCAGAAAGCAGUAGUAGCUGUAUUGUGAAACAAACUGGAGCAAGCAAUAAAAUGAUCCCGGGCAAGGCUACCUAUGAUAAGAACGACAAAGACGAAAUGGAACAACUAGAAGAGGAAGAAUACUUGGAUUCUGAUUAUUAUUAUAGAAGCAAAAGUGAACAAGUUUUGAAAAAUAUUGUUGAUCAUGAAUUAGAGACCCGGUCAUCUAAUAAUAGCGAUGUCACUAGUUUUGAACAACAGCAAUAUGAAUCAAAUAUGAGAAAAUUGAAGAAUGAUUAUAAAGUACGUGAAGGAGAUUAUAUUUAUCGGAAAUAUUUCACUGACGAUUUAAUAGAUCCUGAAGUUAAAGAACUUUGGGAGAACCGAAAGAAUAAUACCAACAAAGUGGUUAUCGAGAAAGCAGAACAGCACCAAAAGCAUAAAGGACCACAAGUGUAUCAUGGUCAAGGCACUCAUGAUCCUCUGCAUCUGUCCAAUUCAAUGAUUGAUAAACUUAAACAUGCUUUCCAUAAUAAUACUAACAGAAGACAUCCUCGGAAAACAGGAGCAACUCAAGAUGCUGUUGAAUUACAAAGAUUUGUAGUUAAUAGACCGAAGAAAUUGGUCGUUAAAACAGUGGAUCAAAUAAGACAAGAACAACAACAGAAACGAAAAGAACAAGAUGAUUUAUUACUGAAUAAUUCAACCGAAUCAUCGUCAACACUGCAUUUAAUCUAA